AUGGCCGCCGACAAAGAUGCUGGCACACCUCGCGUAUUCCUUGCUCGUCAUGGUCAGACUGAGUGGAGCAUGAACGGGAGAUGGACUGGUACCACUGACCUACCUCUUACUACCGCUGGCGAAGCUCAAGUUUCAAGAUCAGCGCACCAGCUGAUUGGUCCUGGCAAGUUGAUUGAUCCAGCAAAGCUGUCAUUGAUCCUCAUAAGCCCGAUGCAAAGGGCCCGUAAGACAUACGAGCUGAUGUUUGCGCCUGCCACGCGACAAAAUUUGCUCAAAUCUAAAGCUACUGUCUCGCCAGAACUGUCCGAAUGGAAUUAUGGAGACUAUGAAGGCUUGAACACGAAGGAAAUAAGAGAAUUGAGAGAGAAGCGAGGCUUGAACGGUAAGGACUGGGACCACUUCAGAGACGGAUGUGAAGGAGGAGAGUCCCCUGAACAAGUAGUAGAGAGGUUAGACAGCAUAAUCGAACGGAUACGCGAGAUUCACAAGCCAAAUAUGCACGGCGAGAACGCUUGCGAUGUUCUCCUCGUCGCUCAUGGACAUAAUCUGAGAAGCUUUGUUAGAAGAUGGCUCAACUACCCCAUAGAUUUUCCAUUAUCGGCGAUGCUCGAGCCUGGCGGCAUCGGGAUUCUCAGCUAUCAGCAUCAUAACAUCAACGAACCCGCUUUCUUGCUUGGUAUGGCGCUUCCAUAG